CUCUCACUUCCUGAACUGAAGGCCUCCAAAUAUGUGGAGGUACAAACGCAGGAUAACCUAACAUUCAGGAGCUUUGACACACCACGUUACCCUGCAUUGAAGUUUAAAGUGCCCGUGUAAAGCAUGCUCCUGUGGCAGUAUCUGAUAACCUUUCUGCUGGUUACUGUUCAAAUAUGCAAAGCUGAGAAAUGCGAUGAAUUUACCGAUCUGAAUCUUGGUCACUCAAUCAUUGGUACCAGCCUCAAAGUUCGGUUGUUGCUAUACACUAGAUUAAAUGGGACAUGUGGUACCCUUAUGUCCCACACCGACCUGUCUGCCUACCCCCAAUUUAAUGCGUCAAAACCGACCACCUUCAUCAUUCAUGGGUAUCGGCCCACUGGAUCUCCACCGAACUGGCUCAAUAAGCUCACUGAGCGUCUGCUGGUCAGGAAAGACAUAAACGUUAUAGUGGUAGACUGGAACUACGGUGCUGCGACUCUGAAAUAUUGGGAAGCAGUGAAGAACACACGCAAAGUAGCAUCCAACAUCACAGCUUUGAUUAAUAUGUUGCAGGAGCACGGAGCCGAUCUGAGCUCCAUCCACAUGAUUGGUGUCAGUCUAGGAGCUCACAUAUCAGGCUUUACGGGCGCUAACUUGAAGGGAGAAAUUGGAAGAAUAACAGCACUGGAUCCUGCUGGGCCAGGGUUCAAAGGCAAAAACCCAGAGGACCGACUGGACUCUUCAGAUGCACAGUUUGUGGAUGCCUUGCACACAGACAUGGAUUUGCUGGGUUUCAGGGAACCUUUAGGUCACAUUGAUUUCUACGCCAAUGGAGGAGCAGACCAACCCGGCUGCCCAAAGACUAUUUUCUCAGGACAGUAUUUUAAAUGUGACCACCGGAGAUCGGUGUUCCUCUUCAUUGACUCUAUAAAUGCCACAUGUACCAGCAGGACCUACCCCUGCUCGUCCUAUAAAGACUUUCUGGAUGGCAAAUGCUUAACCUGCAGUCAGUUUGGUAAUGCUGGAUGUCCUAUUUUAGGUUAUGACGUCAUAAAAUGGAAAGACAUCCUGCUGGAACAGAACCAAACAAAGGCCUACUUCAGAACAAACGAAAAAUCUCCAUACUGCAUGACAAACUACAGGAUAGAUGUGGUGAUAUGGAACAAGGAUGUGCAGUGGGGAUACUUGACUGUUAAACUUCAUGGCAAUGGUAAACAAGCACAGGCAACCAUUGACCAUAAAUCCUUAAAUUUCAAGAAGUUCACAGACACCGAGCUGUUGGCUGCGUUUGACAAAGACAUUCAGUGGGUGGAAAAGGUGUCUGUUAAAUUCUCCACUGGGAAUGUAUUGCAGCCCAAACGUAAGCUCAGAAUUCUCAGAAUCCGUCUCAAAAACCUGGAACCUAAAGGGAAUAAAGCACAGGGGCCUCUGUGUCGAUAUGACGUCCUUCUCGAGGAGAACAAAGAGGUCACCUUCAGGCCAAUUCCCUGUGAAGAAUCCAACUUCUAAAGGGGAGAAAAAUUGCAUAACAUUUCACUGCAUGUAUGGAGAGAGAUUCGGCUGAUUCUACAGUUCUUCCAGAAUUGUUCAUGAAAAGACCAGCACUGCUAAAACAAAACAAAAUAACACAAUGUUGCCUCACAGUAAGAAGGUCUAUGUUUGAGCCAACUGGCUCGCUGGGACUUUUAUGUGCAGUUUGCACUGUCCCACAGUUAUUUGGGGGUUGGGUUAACUGGUGAUUGAGUCUAAGUUGGCUGUCGGUGUAACUUUGAGUGUGGACUGUUGUCCGUCCCUGUUGUUAAUGCGAUAGACUGGUUGGCCCCCUGCACCUCUGAACUGGAUAAGUGGAAGAUGGAUGACUAGACCAGUAAUGUGAAUUAGACAGAUUAUCUGUCACAAAUGAGUGAAAAAAUACUAACAUAUUUACCUUUUUUGAUAGAAAAGUAGGGCUGUCAACGUUAACGUGGCGUCACGAUUAACGCUCCAGAUGGGUGAAUUGCGUUAAAAUGGGUGUAGCUCAGGUGGCAGAGCAGGUCAGCCACUAAUCAGGAGGCCGGUGGUUCGAUCCCAGGCUGCCUCCUGGCUG